CUCAACUUAGUGUCUUCAGGAUGGCGGCGUUGGCAAAGCGUCGCAUUCAAAGCUAGAAAUGCAUCAACUGGCUGUGAUUUCCUAGCAUGAAUACUAUAGUAGAAGUAGUUCCUGAGGGUGAAGUAACCUGCUUUGAGUAUGAGGUAUCCACUCAACUGCUGACUUUAAUAGAGCCUUUUGCAACAGCAGAGACACCUAAUCAUCUUUCAGAUGCCACUGAGCCUAGAGCCACAGAAUCUGGUGCCAUAACAGACCCACCUACUCAUCCAUCAGAUGCUGCACAGCACAUUGCCUCCAAGUCUGACGACUCCAAUCUUUAGGCUGAGGCAGAGCCUGCUUUGGAAUCAGAUCCUUCAGUAGCACAACCUUUUGAUCUUUCAGAUGCUGCAUGGCCUGCCUCGGAGCUAUAUACACCAACAACACCUCCUACUGAUCUUUCUGUAGCAGGGGAACCAGAUAUCAAGUAUUCAUUGUGUCAAGUAGACCCAACCACUCCUGUCUUUCCAACACAUGUUCCGUUGACCUUCACUCUUGUGGAGAAAGCAACUAAGCGAAGAGGAGAUAGACUGAUUGACAGCAUGGGCUUCUCCUAUAACAUACGCCGCAAAGGAGCUAAAACAACCUGUUGGCAAUGUACCAUUAGGAGGAAAGGGUGUUACUGUAAAGCUGGAGUAGUGGAAAGAAAUGGUGUCUUCACCUUUGGAAAUUUUUCUCAUAAUCAUGAGCCCCCAAAACCAAGAGCCAAAACACCCUCACGGAAGACCAAGACUAAGGCAAAGGUAGUAGUGGAGCAGUUUAAGCCUGAGCCAACCACUACAGAUGAGGUGUUUCAAGAAAAUCUCCAGCCUGCUUCUACUGUAUUCCAAGCAUUGCCUGAACCUUGUGGUAGCAUAGAACAUUCAUUUACAGUAAUAAACCGUAAUGCCACACAGCUGCUACCUAACAAUAACCAGUCUGGUUUAGUUGAAUCAGUUAUUCAGACUUCACAGUCUACCCCUGUACCUCCAGCAAAUGUUCCUUUGACAUAUCACCUUGUGGAGGAAGCAUCCUUGCGGAGAAGGAACAAACUGAUUGAUAGUAAAGGCUUCUCCUACAAUGUUCGUCGUAUAAAAGGUGUUAAAACUUACUGGCAAUGUAGCGUGAGGCCAAAAGGAAACCACUGCAAAGCCACAGUGCUCGAGCAAGAUGGAUUGUACACUUUUGGCCAACACCCCCACAACCAUGGUACCUAUUCAGGAACCCUAACAGCUGCUCAGAUUGUGUCCACCAUUAAAACAAAGGCAUUGGAAGAUUUAUCAAAACGAGCUUCAGUCAUUGUUAGAGAGACUCUUCAGGAAGCUCUACCUAUAACCUCUGUAUGCCCGGCUUUGCCUAAAGUCGACCAUAUAGUGCGUGCAGUGAAUCGCUUGCGUCAGAAAAUGAGGUCGGAGGAUGUGAAAGACCUCAAUUUCUCCCUAAAAGAGGACGUCAUUCCACCAGGUUUUUACCAAGGGGAGGUGAAAGUAAAGAAGCAGCGUCACCUUAUUUUUGCUACAGAACAACAGCUGAAUCUCUUGGCUGCAGCAAAAAGUUGGUACAUUGACAGAAUUGACAAGAUGGUCAAAGUCCCCUUUCACCAACUGAUAUCAAUUAGCACUUUUGUAAUGUCUGUGGAGUCUGCAAAACAGGUGCCAUUAGCAUUUAUCUUAAUGUCUUCAAGGAAAAAGAGAGAUUACAAGAAGAUUUUGAGAGAGAUGAUCCAUCUUCUACCUGGGGAAUGGCUUCAUGUGCACUUUGUUACAGCAGAUUUUGAUGAGGCAUUGUGGGGUGCACUACGGUGUGUCGUCCCACAUGUAAAGCUGCAGGGAUGUGCUUUUCACUGGACCCAGUCUGUGUGGAAAAAGAUGCAAGAUCUUGGUCUGCAGUCAAUGUGCACAGAUCAUAAUGGUAUGCACAAGUACCUUAGGAAACUUCUUGCAUUACCCUUACUGCCUGGCAAAGAAAUUUCUACUCAGUUCCAGCGACUAAAACUACAGGCAACCACAGAGACACUUUGGGAACUAAUAAACUACAUUGAGGACACAUGGAUCACCAACAUUGCUUAUCCUAUUAGGGAUUGGUCUAGCUAUCAUCAGCCAAUUAGAACUAUGGAUGACAUUGAAGGCUGGCAGAAAGUUCUCAAUGGUGAAACCAGUAGAAAGUGCCAAGUUCCUUUUUACACUUUAGUUCAAUCACUGUAUCGAGUGGCCCAGAUUUCUGUUCAAAACAUGCAGUUGGUAAGCAAUAAAAAGUUGAUCAGAAUUCAAGGUCAGGAUUGCCAUCACUUGCAGAAACCAAUCAGUCAGUAUUGGACCGAGUAUAGGAAAAAGGAAAUAACAGCAGCAAAACUUCUAAAGCUCUGUUCAAAGCUGUCUGGAUCACCCCCAAACUGCUGUCAGUCCUGACUUAAAUAAAUAAUAAAUAAAUAAAUAAUAAAUAAAUAAAUGAUUUAACAA